CUCACUAGUCACUAGUGUUCAUCCUCGUCUCCUCGGAAAUGGCUUCGGAGAAGAAAGAAGAGUUCGUCUAUAGAGUGAGCACGGCGGCAGAAUGGGAUGAGUUGCAAGCCAACGGCAACACUCUCGGCGGCGAUCUCGAUCGCCGCACUGGUUGCAUCCAUCUCAGCACUAUCAAUCAGGUGAAGAUGGUUUUGAAGAAUUUUUUUCAUGGGAGGGAGGACUUGUUCUUGCUUCAAGUUGACACUGCUAAGCUUGGGGAUGGACUGAUUUAUGAAGCAGUAGACGAAAACAACUUUUUCCCGCAUUUUUAUGGCCCAUCUCGGAGCUUUAGUCCUCUGUCGCUUGACACCGUGCGCAAGGCCGAGAAACUGCAGCUAGUGAAUGGUGAAUUCAGCUGUAACAUACUGACUGAAUCACUGAACUGAUUCUGCCCUUCAAUAAUUUGUUCUCAUAUUCAGUUUUUUUUGUAAAACAUUAUGAAUUUUAUCUGGAAUUGGGUUUGUGAUCUAGAUCUCAGAACAUAUAAAAUUGAUUAGAUGUUGAAACUGGGCUCUGACUUCCAGAGGCCACUUGCAGUUUGGAAGUUGAAUAAAAAACACCCAUUUGAGUGCU